AUGCUCAUCAAUGACGGAGUAGAAAAACAAAUCAUACCGGAUCUGGAACUAAAUGAACUUUNAACACAACAAUCAGAUGAUAUAUACAUCAUACCUGGAUAUGCUGGCUUAUGGAGACCAUCAGCUGAUGAUGAUGAUAGUACGCAUGCACCAAUAACUAAUGACGAAGAUGAUAAACAACAAUCUGCUACAACUACAGUUAAAACUCGAACAAUUGUUCGAACGACAGAUCCUGCUAAACUUCAGUCAUUUUUACAACAACAUCAAGAUAUAACAACUCAAGAUAUACCACUUCGAUCAGAUACAUAUGAUAUAUUUAAUAGACCAUUGAAUGAAUUUUCAUUUGAUGUAUCAGAAUCGGAUAGUUUUAAAACUUGUACAUCAACAAUAAAUUCUUCACCAGUAUCCAAACAACAAAAACAGUCCGAAUUAUAUAAUUUACCAAUAAUUGAACAAAAAGAACAUCAAACAAGUCCAGAUGAAAAAAUAUUUCUUAUACGUGAACGUGAACGUGGUGUUUCAUUACCUGUUACAAUGAAAAUAGAUUAUGAUGAUAUGGCAUUACGUUUAUCAUCAUCAACACCAAUUGAUACUCAAUUAUAUUCUACAACACAAACAGAUUUACCACCAUCAUCGGCAACAUUUAGUGAACUAAUAGAAAAAACAACAUCAAGUAGUCGUGAAAGCACACAAUCAUUAAGUAGUAAUGAAAGUGAAAAACAAAAAUUUCCUUCACCAUCUUGGUUAAAUACCACGAAUACAACAAUUACAAUCAUUGAAGGACCUGAUGGACGUAAGUAA